CAGUAAAAAGGUUUGGAAAGAGAGAGAGAGAGAGAGAUGGGAAGGAAAGGAAAUCCACGAAACCGUAGAGUUCGCAUAUAGCUGUCAGAGUGGAUUAGAGAGAAGAGAGAGAAAAAGGUUUCCGGUUUGUUCGGUUCGGUUCGGUGCGGUGCGGAGAGAGGGACGAGCUUCAAGUGUCGUGCAUGCAUACUGUGCAGCUGUUUCCUUUGCAUGCACACACCCUCUCACUCUCUCUCUCUCUUCUUUUCUCUCUCUAAAAAUUUUAUAUAUCUAUCCAUUCUCUCCAACUUCCUUCUACGCAUCCACUUCUCAAUCUCCCCGCCACCGUUCACCGCUUACCACCGCCAACGAGUUGAGCUCCCUUCCCGUGCUUCUCGCCUCCUGAUUUCAGAGCUUUGGUGCUGAAGUGAACUGGCGGCCGUAGUACAUACCGGUGAACUGUUUCUGAUGUACUGCAUGUGAAUGUCGUCCACAAGAUUUCGCCUCGCCGAUUGGUUUGCGAGGUUUGAUUUAGAGUCAAUGAGCAAAAUUUGCAUGAAUGAUUCUUGCUUGACGAGAACAACGCUCCAAUGGAAGAAAGGUUGGAGUUUGAAAUCUGGGGGAUUUGCUGUUCUCUGUCACACUUGCGGCUCUGCAUAUGAGAAUUCAUUUUAUUGUGAGACAUUCCAUCUGGAUGAAUCAGGUUGGAGGGAAUGCAGAAUGUGCAGAAAGCCUAUCCACUGUGGAUGCAUUGCUUCUAUGAACUUGCAUGAGUGCAUGGAUAUUGGGGGUGUGAUGUGUACAGACUGCUGCAAAAAGGCUUUGGAGACUCACUCAGUAAGACCUACUCAGAUCCAAAAUCAUGAUCUUGCAAUUGGGUUUGGCCCAAUUACAGCAAACAGCAAUGGUGACAGGCAGUCCUUUUACUUGAAAAAUAGAAUGGAUGGUAUUAGUCUUGACAAGGGGAAGUUUCUACAAUUGAGCAAAACUGUGGAUGUAAGAGAGCUGGGUGGUAUCAGCUUUGAUAAGGGAAGUCCCAUGCCCUUCAGCAAAACUUUAGAUGCAAAGGAGCUGGGUGCUAUUGGCCUCAACAAAGGAAAGCUCGUGCAGUUGAGCAAAACUAUGGAUGCAAGGGUGCUCAGCCACUGCUCUCAAACUCAGAGGAGUGACACUAGUACAUCCACUGUUAUCCAACACCAAAAAAUCAUGCUUCCUAUCCGGGAAGUUGGUUCAAGCUUUUCAGGUUUUAUGCAACAACCUGUUGGAUCACCUAUUUUCUCUAUAACAGAAAAUAGCAGGCAAAUGCUAGGGGUGAAGGAUAUAUAUGAGUCACUAGCUCAGACAUCUUUGAGUUUCUCCCUGAGCCCAACUUUGGAUGCUCCAAGAUCUUUACUACCUCCUGCUGGUAGGGCUGUUGAAGGAAGAGAACAGAACAUGAUUCCUCCCUUUCAGCAUGAGCAAGGGAAUUUUUUUCUCAAACCUCCAAAAACUGCCCUUAGUAUAGGUUCAGAGGCUGAUAAGGCUAUGGAUUCUCAGAUUCGUGUUGCAAGGCCUCCUGUUGAAGGAAGAGGCCGUGGUCAGUUACUUCCACGAUACUGGCCAAGGAUUUCAGACCAAGAACUGCAGCAAAUAUCUGGAAAUUUGAAAUCCACCAUUGUGCCUUUGUUCGAGAAGGUCUUGAGUGCCAGUGAUGCUGGUCGAAUUGGUCGUUUGGUCCUUCCCAAAGCAUGUGCUGAAGCGUACUUCCCUCCCAUUUCACAGUCAGAUGGUUUACCCCUAAAUAUUCAGGAUACAGGAGGGAACGAAUGGACAUUCCAGUUUAGAUUUUGGCCCAACAAUAACAGCCGGAUGUAUGUAUUGGAGGGUGUAACCCCUUGCAUACAGAAUAUGCAAUUACAAGCUGGUGACACUGUAAUUUUUAGUAGGCUAGAUCCUGGAGGCAAACUUGUCAUGGGCUUCCGAAAGGCAAUGAAUCCCAUUGAUAUACAGCUGCAUUUGAAGGAACAGGACAACCAAAUAUCCACCCUGCCUAAUGUUGCUGCCUUGGGAGAGACCUCACUUGGUGGUGCUAAUGACAACACACCUGCACAUGAUGGCAGGACAAAUGAGGACACAUUGCAGCGUCAAAUGCUGAUCCCAGAGAAGAAGAGGUCUAGAAACAUUAGUUCCAAAAGUAAGAGACUGCUUAUGCAUAGAGAAGAUGCCUUUGAACUGAGACUCACUUGGGAAGAAGCACAAGAGUUGCUCCGUCCACCUCCAAGUUCUAAACCAAACAUUUUCAUGAUCGAGGGCCGAGAAAUUGAAGAAUACAAUGAACCACCAGUUGUUGGAAAGCUGACUGUGUUCACAGCACGGGCAUCUGGAUUGUUAUUGUUCAGGGAACAGGAACAAUGGGCUCAAUGUGAUAGUUGCUCCAAAUGGCGAAGAUUGCCUGUUGAUGUUCUUCUCCCGCCAACUUGGACAUGUUCGGAUAAUAUUUGGGAUUUGAGCAGAUGUAAAUGUUCUGCACCUGAUGAAAUGAAUCCCAUGGAACUGGAAAGUCUUCUCAGAGUUGGCAGGGAUCAUAAGAAGCGGAAAAUAACAGAGAGCCCCGAGGUAGCCCAAGAAUGUGAGCCUUCUGGGUUAGAUGCUUUGGCAACUGCUGCAAUCCUUGGAGACAGUGCAGGGGAAUCAGGUGAACAAUCCCCGGGAACCACUACAAAACAUCCUCGGCACCGUCCUGGCUGCACUUGCAUUGUGUGCAUUCAGCCCCCUAGUGGAAAAGGCAAGCACAAGUCCACCUGCGUGUGCAGCGUUUGCCUGACUGCGAGGGGCCCGUUUAAGACCUUCAUGAUGCGCAAGAGACAACACCCGGAAUGUGAAGCAGAAAUUGAACCAGGAACAGACCAGCUUCACCACACUGAUGAAUCAGAAAUGGAUGGCACACCCGGACAAGCAUUGCUUAACAUCAGUCCCUUGGAGGACAAAACAAGCCAAAAUGAAGUCCGCCGGGAUGUGGCUGAGAGCGGCAAAGGGCAAUUAGAUUUGAAUAGCCACCCUAAUCAAGACGAGGACUCAAUGCAAGAAGUGACAGGUGGUUGGAGCCCGAGAAGCUUUGGAGAUAUGUCCAGGUUCUCAAUGGAGAUGAAUUUGGGGCGGGGAGGACUCACAAACGCCAGCUCCUCUUUGCUGUUACAGGGUGCUGAAGAAGGUGAGAAUGAAGGUAAAGGCUGUGCACCUGAUGAAGAGCGCCUCCCAUCUUCAGUUAGUGGGCACGGCAAUGGCAAUGGCAAUGGCAAUGAGGCGCGCUGAAUGGUAAUUGAGCUUCAGCUUGGACCAUCUUCAUCUUAGUUUUCUGUCUAGUACCCCUUCCUUUUAAGUUACAUGUUUGGUUUAUAUGUUUGCCCGCCCUUUAGAAUUACAGCUUGCUUCACUUGUGUAGUAUGUUGUCUAUAUAUGUUGUCUCUCCUUAUAUUGUCCCUUUCAUGAACAUUCACAUUUAGAGGGUACUGUCCCCUCUCUCUCUCUCUCUCUCUCUCUCUCUCUCUCUCAUGCUUUUCUGUUAGUUGGUUCGACUAUAAGUUCCCUUUGCCAAAAAAAUAUAUGAUGUUGUUUAUAAGAUAGUUAUGAAGUGAAACAGAAUCUUUUUA